UGAAUACUGUAGUUGCCAACCACGCUCGGCUAUGUACGUUUAAUCGUCUAUACAUAUGUGAUGCUGCGUAGAUCGAUUUGCUUCAUCUGAUCUGAUACGAACACGGCAGCAGAUCGAAGCAGCAACGAUGUUAGCUAGGUUCGGAUGCCCGUCGUCAUGCAAACCAGCAAGCAGCCGCAACUACUGCAGCAAGGCACCAGCAGAUGCGAUGAGCACCAGGAGGUGUCGGAGCGCGGUGAAUAGUAGAUCAAUGGUGGCCGGGCGGCGGGAGGAGGAGGAGGAAUGGAGGAGGUAUCUGACGCCGGAGAGGUUCGAGGUGCUCGCGCAUCUGGAGCCGUGGGCCGAGGCGCACAUGCUGCCGCUGCUGAAGCCGGCGGACGAGGCGUGGCAGCCGUCGGACCUGCUCCCGGACGCGGCGGCGUUGGGCGCGGAUGGCUUCCACCAGGCGUGCCUCGAUCUCCGCGCGAGAGCGGAGGGCGUGCCUGACGCUCAGCUGGUGUGCCUGGUGGGCAACAUGGUCACCGAGGAGGCGCUCCCCACGUACCAGAGCAUGUCGAACCGCUUCGAGGCCACCCGCGACGCCACGGGCGCCGACGGUACCGCCUGGGCGCGGUGGAUCCGCGGCUGGUCCGCCGAGGAAAACCGCCACGGCGACGUGCUGAGCCGGUACAUGUCGCUCUCCGGCCGCCUCGACAUGCGGCAGGUGGAGCGCACCGUGCACCGCCUCAUCGCCUCCGGCAUGGCCAUGCACGCUCCGGCGUCCUCCUACCACGGGUUCGUCUACGUCGCCUUCCAGGAGCGCGCCACCUCCAUCUCCCACGGCAACAUGGCACGCCAGGUGGGUGCGCACGGCGACGCGUCGCUGGCCCGCAUCUGCGGCGCCAUCGCCGCGGACGAGAAGCGACACGAGGCCGCAUACACCCGCGUCGUGGCCAAGCUCUUCGAGCUCGACCCGGACGCCACCGUGCGCGCCAUGGCGUACAUGAUGCGGCGCCGGAUCACCAUGCCGGCCGCGCUCAUGGAAGACGGCCGCGACACCGAUCUCUUCGCGCACUACGCCGCCGCCGCGCAGCAGGCCGGGGUGUACACGACGUCCGACUACCGCGGCAUCCUGGAGCACCUGAUCCGGCAGUGGCGGGUGGAGGAGCUCGCGGCUGGGCUGUCCAGCGAGGGGAGGCGCGCGCGGGACUAUGUCUCCGGUCUGCCGGAGAAAAUCCGGAGAAUGGAGGAGAAGGCCCACGACCGGGUGCGGAAGGAGCCCACCCCGGUCACGUUUAGUUGGAUCUUUAAUAGUCCUGUCAAUGUUGUUCUGCCUUGAUUCCAAUGAAGGCGCUGCUAUAAACCCAUACGCGAUGACACCUUGGAUAUCAAAAACUUCAGCUCUGCCAGGUUGACCUCUCAAAAACCCAUUUAGAUGGAUAGAGCUACACAUGUACAGAUGAAAUCAA